ACGUCUCUGGUGACGAGGACGAGCCGGACGCGCCCAGCCAGGAGCGUGUCACCGUCAAAUUCGCCCGUCCAGAGUCGGAUAAAGUCAAACAGGCGCGAGAAAAGUCCUACCACUACCUGAAGAAGCGGCAGGAUGAGCUGCCCUGGCUGCCGACCACCGUUCAUAAGCGCAACAGCGCUAGUAGUGAGUCCGAGUGGCAGAAGCUGCUCUGUACGCGCACCGAGGACCUCUCCCUCUCCGCCACGGUGGACCUCAACACCUACCGACACCGGCUGCUGCCGGAGCCGGAGCCGGAGGAUGCCACCUCCUCCGGGAGCCGGGACGAGCUCCGGAUGGCGCUCCGGGCUCUCCGGACGCUGCCGCUGGCCGACCAGAUCCGGGCGCUGAUGAUCAGAUUGAAGAUCAGCCAGUUUAGCUCUCUGCUACCCCUCCUGCCCCGCGCCACGCCGGCGGCAGACGUGGCGCGCGUGCUCCAGCAGACCGCACAGCUGGUGCGCGGUCUGUGGGUUGUCAGGAGCGAUGUGCUAUAUCCCAAAGGCAGCCAGGCGCCGCGCACCGGAGUGUCGGGGGAACUGCUGGCACGCGCACGGGACUGGAUGCUGUACCAGUUCACGCAGAAGUCGUUCCUGAGCCGCUCGGAGCUGGCAGAGGCCACCCGGCUGCCCAAUGAUGACGUCACAGAGCUGCUGCAGCAGGUGGCCGAGCUGGUGGCUGACCGCGGCUGGCGGCUGAGGCUCAAACCCGACCCGCAGCACGAGCGCAGCUACCCGGAGAUCGUUCAGCGUCAGCACAUGUUGUGGGAGGCCAAGCACCAGCAGCUGAUGAAGGCCUUCAAGGAGGGGGGAGCGGGCGGCAGUCCGUCCAAGAGCCGCCGACGUCGCCAGCGCUCCCACCGUGACUCUGUCAGCGCCUCGUCUGAUAACGAAUCCUCCGGGGAGGGAGGAUCGCGGGGCAAACACCGGCGCGCCUCCGGCUCCGCUACCGGGACGGUUAAGGUUAAGGUGGAGCCGCCAGAGAGCAAGAGCUAGCCGUGAGGAGUGGGGAUAGCGGAGAGAAACUGAGGGAGAUAAGACAGUGGAUACACUCGUUGUCGUUGUCAAGGACUCGUCGGUGGGAUGUUACAUGUGUAACGUUAGUUGCUGCCAGGGUCAACAUUCUUACAGAUUCUUACAGGCCAGGGUGACCUCACCUGGCGUGACGUGCCCAGGCUGUAACGUCACUUCCCGCUAAUGUGACGUCAUUCACUGCCUUGUAACGUCACUGUCCAUCGGUCCAACGUCACCCAUUCUUGGUGUGAUGUCCCUCCCUCAUUCGUCCGCUGGUGUGACGUCAUUCGUUACCGGUGUCUCCAAACGCACCUUCGUUACGGGAGCAGUGUUGGGUGGGAUACACCGAAGGAGGGCCAUCAUUUGAUAGCGAUGCUGCCUCGGCAAGGGACAGUAUGCGCCAGGAAGUGAUCCAGGGAGGUCGGCAGACUUACAAGUCGUGUUUGCUACGGCUGUUUGUCGUGACACAUUUAACCGGAACAGUGAUCAGAACCGUCGCUCAGGACGUCAACGGUGUGACGUUUUUGGAUGCAGCUUGUGUUCGAGAUGGGUGGUGUAACGGUGUUUGACUUUUGAGUGCAGGUUAUUGAGAUGCAGUGUUUGCCAAUGUUUCGGUCGGGUUACACCGUUAACCACGUGAUGAGGUUGGGAGUGACUGGAAACCAUGCUAAAUGAGCAGUUCGAAUUUCAAUAGCCAUUGUUCUCGGUAGCCAUUGUUAUGUUGUGGCUCAAGGCAUUUGAAAGUGUUUCAGAGAGCAAAUAUACGAAGUUGGAACCGUCUUGA